AUGCCCAACUCACAGGGCGUCGUCCACGGCCACAUCCACAACUUCAACAGCGUUACUUACAUCCAUGGGCAUGUUCAUCGCAAGUCAUCAGUGUCCGAAAGGCCGGCCGGGGUCCUGAGGGACCUGGCCCCCGAAGGCGCCCAACUGCAGGCGGAAGAGGCGCUGGACUUCCACAACGGUUCCGAGCUUGCGCAACUGCCGCAGGUGUCUGCCCCUGUACCGAACGCGCCUCUGUCCCCGCCGGGGUCGAAUUCGGAUGUGAUGAAUGCCAUCGCCACGGACCCCAGUCUCUGCUCUCAGUUCAAGGAUUGCCAGCACUUUGAAUUUAUGAAUUACCACAAUCUCAAUCUUUUCGGCAAAAACAAGGCGCCUCCGGCCUCCGACGAAACGCUAGUCAUGCCCGACAAACGGCGGAAGCUCGCCGACUGCUCGUGCCACCCACGUGUCGUCGAAAUAUGCUGCGAAGAGGACCACGAAUUCAAUGGACAGCCCUCUGCGUCUCCGUUGAACGAAGAUCUUGUGCUUUUCACCAACAACGUCGAGGCCAACCGUCCUUUGCAUCAGACUGCAAUUCCCAUUGUCUCGAACCUGCCGGACCUCAUAGACUGCGACUUGACGUGUGCGUCUUCCAAUCCGGAAGAUGAUCAGCUAUUUGAGAAGCUGUGCGAACAGUGCGUGGACCUCGACCAGAGCGAAAACCACCACUCUCACAAUCAUACACACAACAAUAGAAGCGCAUGCGAGCCUGUGCCCGCUGCGCCUUCAAACCCUACCUCCUCCCACGACCAUGUCAUCAACUCUUCCUCUGACAUGAAAAUCCUCGAAGAUUUGGCAAACAUCUCUAGCAUGUAUGACUUCCCCUUUGGUAAGCAUAUUCACUCGCAUGACAACGCGAUCAAUGGCGAUAACAUCAACCUACUCCAAACUUCACUUCCUGGUCUGAAGGCCGAGAACUUGGACGAACAACUAAACAAAGCCCAUCACCACCAUCGCAUUGAAGUCCAUCCGCAUCCUGCUCAUCAGGGGUCUAAUACGCAAGAUCCAAAUUUCAGCAACGAACGGAACUCUCAACUGCCCGACUUCGGCACAUUCAUGGAUUAUGGAAAGAUCCACCAUGGGACCUCGCAACAGGAGUUUCCGCCACCAGAUAUGAGAAAUCACACUGUAAACUUCAAUUGGAGCUUCAAAGACGACGACUCCAAAGUUAAUUGUGGGUGGAAUCACUGUCCUCAAAAAUACGAUUCACUCAUUGAUCUUCAGUCACAUAUUUUGAGAGACCAUAUAAGCGAGGGCACAACUGCCACUAAGUUACCAACGCCUAGGACCCAGUUCGACUGCGAGUGGGAUAACUGUGGUUUCGAGGGAGAUGAUAUGUGCACCCUAAUCAACCAUAUCAAUGGUAAGCACGGCAUAGCGUUCAACAUGAAGUUUCUAGAUAAAGACAAGCUAGAAGAGCAAAGUGAACAGCAUCAUAUGCUCCACUGUGACGAGGCUUGCGAUGACUGCCGCCCUUGCAAAGAUCACAACGAUGAACAAGACCACACUUGUCGAUGGGAAGGAUGUAUGCAAGUUUUCAAUUCCUGCGAGGAGCUUAAUGGACACAUUGAAAAGGUUCAUAUCCCUCGGGGAAAAUCCUCCUAUGUCUGCGGGUGGGAAAAUUGCGGCAAGGUUAUUACACAAAGACAGAAGCUUUUAAGGCACUUACGUGUUCAUACCCGGUACAAGCCUUGUAAAUGCCCACAUUGUGCUAAAACAUUUUCUACUCAAGAUAUUCUUCAACAGCACAUUCGCACGCACUCAGGCGAAAAACCUUAUAAGUGCGUCCACUGUGGGAAGGGGUUUGCGACUUCAAGCUCCCUGCGGAUUCACAUCCGCACCCACACUGGUGAGAAACCACUGGAAUGCAAGGUGUGCGGUAAACGAUUUAAUGAGAGCUCAAACUUGAGCAAGCACAUGAGAACGCAUGAGAGGAAAUACAAAUGUGGAAAGUGCAAAAGGAGUUUCGACCUGCAAGAGCAGUUAGAGGUGCAUCAAAGUAGAUGUUACUGA